CGCCUCUCUUCCCUCCUCCCUCCCUCGAGGCCUCAACCACUCGGGAGGUCUCUGGAGGAAGAAGGCAAGAAGCUCAAGCAACUAGAGCUUUCUCUUUCGGAAACUAGUGAACAAGAAAGAUGGUACUUUGUGCUGAACCUCCUUCCAAGUUAAAGAUACCAGAGAGUAAGAUCACAGAACUGGCAGAUGAUGCUAACCAUGAUUCGCCAAAACUUGAGAGAAGGACAAGGAUGCACCACAUUGAGCGGCACAGAUCAUGUGUUGUGACCUUAUCUGACAUGGAACUCAAUGAUUUGCAACCUCGUCGUCUGCUCCAGACCCUUGAGGUCUCCAAAAGCCCAGGAGCAGGAUCACAGUGCUCACUCCAUGAAGAAACCCCUACAGACGCUAAUGCAUCACACAGGCGUGCUAUUGCAGAUGCUGCUUGGGAAGCCCUUAAAAGGUCAAUAGUUUACUUCAGAGGCCAGCCAAUUGGGACUGUUGCUGCAAUAGAUAAGUCUCAAGGAGCGGCACUCAACUAUGACCAGGUUUUCAUGAGGGAUUUCAUUCCUAGUGCCUUGGCUUUUCUGAUGAAAGGAGAACACUUGAUAGUAAAGAAUUUUCUGGUAGAAACUGCCCACCUUCAGUCAAGAGAGAAGAUGGUUGACCUCUUUAAGCUUGGUCAGGGUGUGAUGCCUGCAAGCUUUAAGGUGCACCAUUGCAACCCUAACCUGAAGACGGAAAGUUUACUAGCUGAUUUUGGCGAAACUGCCAUCGGGAGGGUUGCUCCAGUAGAUUCUGGCUUAUGGUGGAUUAUUCUUCUUCGUGCUUACACCAGAUGGACAGGGGACAAUUCUCUGGCUGAAAGCCCUAACUGCCAAAGGGCCAUGCACCUUAUUCUCAGGCUGUGUCUCUCAGAGGGGUGUGAUACUUCUCCAGCCUUGCUUUGUGCCGAUGGCUGCUCCAUGAUAGACCGAAGAAUGGGUAUAUAUGGCUAUCCAAUUGAAAUCCAGGCUCUCUUUUUCAUGGCUAUGAGAUGUGCCCUAAGUAUGUUGAAACAAGAUUCUGAUGCUGACUUUGUGAACCACAUCACCAAAAGAAUCCAAGCUUUGAGCUACCAUCUGCACAGCUACUAUUGGCUUGAUUUCCAAAGACUCAAUGACAUAUACCGGUACAAGACUGAAGAGUACUCGCAGACAGCUUUGAACAAGUUCAAUGUGAUACCUGAAUCAAUACCUGAUUGGAUAUUUGACUUCAUGCCUAGCCGUGGUGGGUACUUCAUUGGCAAUGUUAGUCCUGCGAGGAUGGAUUUCCGCUGGUUUUGCCUGGGCAACUUCAUUGCAAUUCUGUCAUCAUUAGCAACUGGGGAACAGGCUGAAGCUAUACUGGAUCUUGUGGAGGAGCGCUGGGAAGAACUCAUCGGAGAGAUGCCACUCAAGAUCUGUUACCCUGCAAUGGAAAAUCAGGAAUGGCAGAUAGUCACUGGAUGCGACCCAAAGAACACCAGGUGGAGCUACCACAAUGGAGGCUCAUGGCCAGUGUUGCUGUGGCUGCUGGUGGCGGUGAGCGUGAAGCUGGGGCGCCCGCACCUGGCGAGGAGGGCGAUGGAGCUGAUGGAACGGCGGCUGGCGAAGGACGAGUUCCCCGAGUACUACGACGGCAAGGCGGGGCGGUACGUGGGGAAGCAGGCGCGCAAGUACCAGACGUGGUCCGUGGCUGGCUACCUGGUGGCCAAGAUGCUCCUGGACGACCCCUCCCACCUGCGGAUCAUCGCGCUGGAGGACGACGGCCACUCCCGCUCCCGGGCGCCCUGCCUCAAGCGCUCCAACUCCUGUCCGUGACCCCCGCCGCGGCAUACGCCUUCUUGCCCACGCCGAGACUGCGAUUACAGUCACAGUCUCAGGUUUCGUUCCUUCUGAUUCUGACCGAGGAUAGUGAAGGAGAGGAUGCAUACGCUGUUCAUGUGCUGUGCAUUGGCACACGUAGACAUAGUUAUGUUACGUAGAGAUGUUGGUGGCAGGAUGAGGAUAUACAAGAAUGUAAGUAGGUGCUCCUGGUUCUGCUGCGGUUGAUGCACGCAUCCAUUCGCUAGACAUGUAAACUGGUGGGGAUUUUGGUAGCUGAGGCUUGCAAUCCGGAUGCAGAACUCUAGCU